CUUAUUUAAAGAUUCCCAUACAUCUUGUAACAGAAUGCCGAAGUUUUUUUGAGAAUAUUGAGGAAUAUACCUAACACACUCAUCUCCUGGUGGAAGAAAGCAACAUGCAGCAGGAAGAACUCAUAUUAAUAAAUAAAAUUGAAUAUUUUUCACAAUUUCUUCUUGAGUAUCAGCAACAGCAGAAUGAAGAAAAGGAGAAAAUCAAGAGGUUAAUUGCUCCUUCACACCCUCCUGCUCCAGGACAAAUGCCUCCAAUGCCUUAUAGACAGCCUCAGCAUAUGAAUGGAUAUAUGAAUUAUCCUCCACCCCCAAUGAAUGGUGUCCCUGGACAUUCAAAUCAAAAUGGACCAGGAUAUUUACCUCCACCUCCUCCAGGAUCUAUUCCAAAUCGCGAUAACCCUAAUGGCCAAGAAGGAAGUAGACCAGAAGGCCAGGGCUCUUCUGGAGGUAACUCUCAGUUGUACCCCCCUCCUCCGAGAGAAAGUGUCCCUGCAGAAGUCAAAAGAGAAGAUUCAAAUAAUGAAAAGUUUAACCCACUCAUGAGCUUGAACAUCUCCGCAGCCAAAAAUAUUGCUACCAAAACCGAAUAGAGAGAUAUUAAUUGAACAAGAAAUUUUCAAUUUA